AGGCCCUGUAGUGGAAAUGCGCCAUAACACACCGUUCUAAAAUAUAGCUAUAAAUCUCCAGAUGUGUAAAGAGAUGUCUUUAUUUAUUGAGAAAAUAUUCCUACUUGUGCUCAAUACACUAUUUGAAAGCCUCUUGGAUCAGUUGUAAAAUGCAUCGUCACAAAGUUAAAUAACAAGCUUCAACAGUUCUUCCUCCACUCCCUCUUGGCAAACUGCCACUGAGAGGAGGAACCAUACGGUAAGAGAAGAAUUUCAAUGUCCUGGAAAUGAAAGCUGAAGAUUGUCUGAGCGACAGCAGUGUCUCUGUUUCUCUGAAGAAACACUCGACUCAGCAGCUCUUUUCAACACAGCAGGACCUCUGCAAACACUGAGUGAAGACAUGUCUGCUGCCAGCUGUCUGCUGACUGAAGAUCAGUUUCUGUGCUCCAUCUGUCUGGAUGUGUUCACUGAUCCAGUCAGCACACCAUGUGGACACAACUUCUGUAAAGCCUGCAUCUCUGAACACUGGGAUACUAAAGUCCCCUAUCAGUGUCCGAACUGUAAAAAGUUAUUCCACACAAGACCUGAAAUGCUGGUCAACACGUUCAUCUCUGAGAUGGCGGCUCAGUUCAGACAGUCAGCUCAACAGAAAGCCAGCAGCAGCAGCUCAGAGCAACACGUUGUCAAACCAGGAGAAGCUCCCUGUGACGCCUGCACUGGAACCAGACUGAAGGCCCUGAAGUCCUGCCUGGUGUGUCUGGAGUCCUACUGUGAGACUCACCUGGAGCCUCACCUGACAAGAGCAGGCCUGAAGAAACAUCAGCUGAUCGACCCUGAGGAGAACCUGGAAGGCAGGAUGUGUGUGAAGCACGAUAAACUGCUGGAGCUGUUCUGUAAGACCGACCAGGUGUGUGUCUGCGUGCUCUGCACUGUUUCAGACCACAAGACACAUGAUGUUGUUCCUCUGAAAGAAGGAUAUGAAGGAAAGAAGGCAGAGCUGGGAAAGACAGAGGCUGAAAUUCAGCAGAUGAUCCAGAAGAGACGACUGAAGAUCCAGGAGAUGAAUCGCUCAGUGGAGCUCAGUAAGGAAGGAGCAGACAGAGAGAUAGCAGAUGGUGUUCAGGUCUUCACCGCUCUGAAGGAGUCUGUUGAGAGAAGCCAGGCCGAGCUCAUGGACACCAUCAAAGAGAAGCAGAGAGAGACAGAGGAACAGGCUGAAGGCUUCAUCAAACAGCUGGAACAGGAAGUCUCUGAGCUGAAGAAGAGAAGCUCUGAGGUGGAGCAGCUCUCACGCUCUGAAGACCAGCUCCACCUCCUCCAAAGCUUCACGUCCCUGAACGCUGCUCCACCCACCAAGAACUGGACAGAAGUCAGGGUCCGUCCACCUUCAUAUGAGGGGACUGUGAGGAGAGCUGUGACUCAGCUGGAGGAGACGCUCAGUAAACAGAUGAAGAAGCUGCUCGAGCUGAAGAGGGUCCAGCAGUAUGAGGUGGAGGUGACUCUUGAUCCUGAUACAGCACAUCCCGAACUCAUCCUGUCUGAUGAUGGAAAACAAGUGAAACAUGGUGAUGUGAAGAAGAAUCUCCCAGACAAUCCAGAGAGAUUUGAUUCUUCUCACUGUGUUUUAGCAACGCAGAGUUUCUCUUCAGGAAGAUUUUAUUGUGAGGUUCAGGUUAAAGGGAAGACUAAGUGGGAUCUAGGAGUGGCCAGAGAGUCGAUCAACAGGAGGGGAGAUAUCACAGCGUCUCCUCAGAAAGGUUACUGGGCGAUAGUGUUGAGGAAUGGAAAUGAGUACAAAGCUUGUGCUAGUAAUCGAGUCCGUCUCUCUCUGAAGUCUCAGCCUCAGAAGGUGGGGGUGUUUGUGGAUUAUGAGGAGGGUCUGGUCUCCUUUUAUGAUGUUGAUGCUGCAGCUCUGAUCUACUCCUUCACUGGCGUCUGCUUCAAAGAGAAACUCUACCCAUACUUUAGUCCCUGUAACAACGAUGGUGGUAAAAACUCUGCCCCUCUGAUCAUCUCUCCUGUCAAUCACACCGAGUAGAACAACCCUUUGAUUUUCUACAGAAAGAGAAACUAACUUUCACUAAAUGGGUGGUGUACAUUGUACACAUUGUUAAUUUUUCAGAAUCUGAUCACAUAUGGUUCACCUUGAGACGCAUACAAAUACAUGAAAUACUGAGUAUACAGAUUGCACUACCUGCCGUCAUAACUUCAAGUGAUCAGAAAACUAUUUACCCAAAAAUACACUUUUGCCACUUCUUUAUACGUCAGGGGGACAAGAAAGUAUUUAUUGUAAAAAAGUGUCAUUCUUGCACACAUAACUAGUGGAAGUAAUGCACUCCUUUUUCAUUCGUAAAAUACUGUAUAUAUACAUUUCCUUUUUUUAUAAGUUUAAAAGGGAGCGAUUAUGGGUAUGUCUGGUAUGUUUUAUAAGGGUAGAUUCAGGAUUCAUUCUUUUAUUAAAGUAUAUUGGUACAAACCUCUCUGCACACUGCUUGUAUAGUUUGAAUAAAGCCUCAAUGGGUUAAAAAAGGAA